GCAGAGCGGAAGCGUGGCAUCAGCGAAUGUAGUUCUGCUUCCGAUUCCUGUGUUUGACUACUGCAGUCAUGGCGGAGUACAGCCAGACUGGCCUUCUGGUGGCCCUGUUCCUUUUCACGGCGCUCACCCUCCGGGACAUUUAUGUCGGAAGGUCGAGCUCGCAGAGUGGGCACCAACCACCCGACAACCCGGCCGUCUUCCCGGACACGGAACCGGGAAAGCCCGCUAAGGCGGCGAUCUACAGCGGCCCCGUACUGCGGUUCCAGUACUGUAUCUCCUGAGGUUACAGUAAAGUCUUCCAGGAUUACUCUCAGGCCAUCAGUGAGGUGUACCCGGACAUCCGCAUCCAAGGCGAGAACUACCCUCCCACUGGCUUCAGCAGGUGUGCGGCUCAGCUGAUCUCGUAUCUGAAGCUGCUCUCCAUUUUGGUUAUCGUCAGUGGUCAGAACCCCUUCUCGCUUCUCCACCUCCAGACGCCACCUGCCUGGACCUGGAGUCAGAACAACAAGAUCUUCUCCUGCCUCAUGGCCUUCUUCCUCUGUAACAUGAUGGAGACUCACUUCCUGUCCACUGGAGCCUUUGAGGUCACACUAAAUGAUGUGCCCCUGUGGUCGAAGCUUCAGUCUGGUUACGUCCCGAACAUCCAGGAAAUGUUUCAGAUCCUCGACAACCACAUAAAGAUGAACCAGGUGGAUCACAUGACCUUCACCUCCACUUAGAGCUACAGGUGCUCCGGCUUGCUAGGCGUUCUCCUGAUGGCGUUCAUGAAGGCCAGGCCUUAAAACAGAUUCUGAAGGGCCCGGCUGGAUGUUCCUCGCCAUGAACUGAGCACUCCCUCUGCACCGGCUCACCUUCAGCACUACAAUUCCAGAAAGCACUGCUGGCAGCCUUGUGCUAAUUAGUGUGUAGACAGGAAGUAGAUGGCUGUUUAUGUGAAGCUUUUAUUGUGAAAAUAAUAAAAUGUUCAGGUCUGUU